AUGCUCAAAUCCCUCUUGCGGGCAGCGGCGAUAGCCACAAGGCCGGGUCCUCUAGUUAGACGUCAGAUCUCUUUCACAGCAAUGUUAAGGAGUGAGAGUCUACCUAAAGAGAUAAUUAAUCUGGAACGGGUCCAAGUUAGAAAACUAAGAAAAAGGCGGCCAGUAGCGUCUUCAGUUGUGCCAAAAUCGCUCAGGGAACCAUCGGUGGUAGCAAUGGCGCUAUCAGAAUCAGUGAAUCUGAAUGAUAUUCUAAUGGACGGACAUCUCAACGGAAUGUACAAUAUAACAUCGAUCGACGACGAGGCAGAUGACACGUUGCAUUUUGUGAAGAAGUUGGAGUACACGAUCAACCCAGCGGAGUUGAGUGAGAUAUUCGUGUUUCGAGAUGGCGUCGUGGUGUUUUGGAAUGUGGACUCCAGUCAGAGAUCUCAGAUUUUAAGGGAGUUGGAGAGAUACGCUCAGUCACCGUAUGAUUCCAGAAUUGUCAUGGAUGAACAGGACAGGAUGUUUUAUAAAUUUUCAGAGCAAUCCACAGUCUCCUCAAUCCGUCAGGACCGAUUCUUUCUCUCUGGCAAACAUCUAGAAGCCUUCCACGGCUCCAACGAGGCCAUCCUCGAGAGAUUCGCUUUAUCUCAAGCGUUCGCAGCUUCUGUGAAAAUUGGCGUAUGGGAGAGUCUCCUAAACAACCUAGCCGAGCCUCUCUCGACGACUACAAAAUCGUUGACACGUGGAAAAAUUCCGUGGAGCCGGAAGGAGGCGUUGAUGAGAUCUGGAGAAUUCGCGGCUUUAAGACAUUCUAUCAAUUUGGAUUGCACACUUUUGAAUAAGGAUUUCUAUUGGGAGCGACCGGAGCUGGAGAAGUAUUAUAUGUUGGCUGGGCGACAUUUCUCGUUGGAUAGGAGAAUUGGACUGCUCAACAAACGCCUGGACUACUGUGAGGAGCUAGUGAAAAUGGUGGACAACACAAUUGCACUCCGCCACGCGUCCCAUUUGGAAUGGAUGAUUAUCAUUUUAAUCGUCAUCGAGGUCAUCUUUGACGUCUUCCAUUUCGCCGAUCGAUCGCCGAAAUCUGUGAUUAUUGUGCCAGCAACUGAUAACGAUGAUAAAUAG